AUGUCCAGCUUCCGUUUACCACUGCUCCAUCUCAAGCAUUGGGUCGUCUUUGCAGCCUUGUGCUGUCCUGCACUGGCAGCGAGUCGCCUGAGUGAUGAAAGAAUUGUCUUCCAGACCACAUUUGGCAACAUUGAGAUGGCCGUGUACCCAGAGGUGGCACCCAUCACUGCUCGCCACAUACUAAAGCUGGCGAAGCUUGGAGCGUACAACUCGGUGCACUUCUUCCGUGUGGACAAGGGCUUUGUUGCGCAAACCGCCGACGUUGUAUAUGGGCGCUUGGAAGGUGCACCGCUGGAUGCCAGGCAGAUGGAGGAUGGGGACAAAUUUGUGCCACUGGAGGUGUUGCCUGAGGUCAAGCAUGACCGUAGGGGUAUCUUGUCAAUGGGGCGGCAUUCAGAUCCGGACUCUGGGAAAUCAUCCUUCUCAAUCCUGCUGGGGCCUGCUCCCCACCUCGACAUGCAAUACACUAUCUUUGGGGAAGUUACAAAGGGCUUUGAGACCUUGUCGAAGUUUGAGGAGGUGGAGACAAAGAAGGAUGGCAUAUUUGUGAUGCCAAAGGAGAGGAUCACAAUUCACAGCUCAUAUGUCUACUGCGACAAGUGUGAGAAGGAGACGGCGUUUCACACGCACAGGAUCGAGUCUCUCUCCAAAGAGCUGCAGACUUGCAGGGCUGCACGACUGCCAGGACAUUGA